GGCCCGGUCCCGCGAGGUGACAGCCCAACUUGGACGCCUGGCCAGGCCGACGCCGCCAUGAGCGCCGCACUUUUCAGCCUGGACAGCCCCGCGCGCGGCGCACCCUGGCCCACCGAGCCCACGGCCUUCUACGAGCCAGGCAGAGUGGGCAAGCCGGGCCGCGGGCCCGAACCGGGGGAUCUAGGGGAGCCGGGCUCCACGGCCCCUGCCAUGUACGACGACGAGAGCGCCAUCGACUUCAGCGCCUACAUUGACUCCAUGGCCGCCGUGCCCACCCUGGAGCUGUGCCACGACGAGCUCUUCGCCGACCUCUUCAACAGCAACCACAAAGCGGCCGGCGCGGGCGGCCUGGAGCUGCUGCCCGGCGGCUCCACUCGACCGCCAGGCGCGGGUUCGGCCACCCGGGGCCCGCUCAAGCGUGAGCCCGAUUGGGGCGACAGCGACGCGCCGGGCUCCCUGCUGCCCGCGCAAGUGGCCGUGUGCGCGCAGACAGUGGUGAGUCUGGCGGCCGCGGCGCAACCCACACCGCCCACGUCGCCCGAGCCCCCUCGAGGCAGCCCGGGGCCGAGCCUCGCGGCCGGCCCCGUCCGAGAGAAGGGCACCGGUAAGAGGGGUCCGGACCGCGGCAGCCCCGAGUACCGGCAGCGGCGUGAGCGCAACAACAUCGCUGUGCGCAAGAGCCGCGACAAGGCCAAGCGCCGCAACCAGGAGAUGCAGCAGAAGUUGGUGGAGCUGUCGGCCGAGAACGAGAAGCUGCACCAGCGCGUGGAGCAGCUCACGCGGGACCUGGCCGGCCUCCGGCAGUUCUUCAAACAGCUGCCCAGCCCGCCUUUCCUGCCGCCCACCGGCACCGACUGCCGGUAACGCGUGGCGUGGGCCUCAGAGACUCCAAACGACCGAUACCUCAGACCCCGACGGCCGGGAGUGGACGCCGCCAGAGCUGCUGCAGUUUCUUUGGGACGUGCAAGUGACCGGAAGCUGCAGCUUGGACACUGGACUGCGAGAGAAGCUAUAUGAGUCUUUCCCCCCUUAAAUUAUUUUUAUAAUGGUAGCCUUUUCUACGUCUUAUUACCAUUGCAGCUAAGGUACAUUUGUAGAAAGAGAAGACUUUUCGAAGACUUUUGUAGAUAAGAGGAAGAGACUGCGCAUGCUUUUUGUAUUAAUUUUUACAAUAUUUGUAAGAAUAAAGAAGCAUUUAAAUGGCUGCAGCUCCCUAUAUUCAGUCUCUCCCGCACACAAUGUACUGGGACCUCACCAGGGAAAGCAGGCGCCUGGGAACCACGGGACCAGGUGUGCCCACACCGGGUAAGGAGAUGGAUGAGUUUGCUUGCUUUGGAAGCCUGGCAGAGUUGGCCUCAUGCUCUGUAUUGCUAGCGGAAGGAACAUGGGAAAACACAGCUACUCCAUGUUAGGUGGAAGGUGUAAUCCCAGAGUGUGCAGACUUGGGUUGGGGCUGGCCAGAGAACUGAAGAACGAGAGGGUGGAAGAGAGCCCGAGAGAGUUAGAAACAGGAUUCCUCUUUGCUUGUGUAGCUUUGCUUUCAUUUUCCUCAAUCCUAGGGACAUCAUGUAUAUUUCAAAGUGUGCACCAGGACAAAUUCAUAUUGUAGUAUAUAAAAAGGACAGCCCCAAACGCCAUUAAUUGUAAUGUUUGAGGGCUUACUCCCCAAAAGGCUGUGUGCCUUUCUCCUAAGAAAACCGUGUGUUAGGAACACGGCCUGUUGUUACUGUGUUGCUGUGCAGAAGGAAAACCCAAAACGUUCAAGAGUCCAAAUACGUAGCUUCGUUAGUAACUUAAAUCCUGCCCAAAGCACAGGAUGGUGGGUCGCUGUGAGUCUGUGAUCUUUGCCCUCUGACAGGUGUGUGGUGGAGUGAGCUACAAAAACUUUUGUCAGACCCAAUGCAUCUACAUGGGUGACAGUGCCAUCUCUGGCAGUCCCAAGAAUACUAAAACUCCAGUUUGGGUUGGAUAUUUAUUUAUUAGAGUAGAGCAGCAACAUCUCAAUAUGAGAUACUGGUUGAAACUUUACAGAAUAGUCUUCCAGGAAACAUUAAAUACCACAAAGAAAAAAAAAUGUACAAAUAUUGGUAAAGUCUUAAAUACUUUAUUUAAAGCUACAACAAUGAACAUUUCCUAAUAAAUCCAUAAUAUUGCCUAAGUAAUGCAAAAUGAAGACCACAGGGAUAUUCAAGCUUUAGAAACAUGUCCUCAAACUUAUAGAAAGGUAAUUCAAAAAGAUAUAAUAAAGGUAUUUUGAUUUUUAACUUAGAAAACCAUCAUAUUAAUCUAUUUACCAGGGAAAAAAAAGAAACCCACUAAAUUUAAAACCGUAAAAAUACUCUGUGGAGUUAAGACAGCUUCCCAAAUCACGCCUGCACCCUCAGUGCAAAGUUCCCAGAUGUCAGGAAGAAGGAUGGUCGCCUCCUCCUGCACCUAGAAGUUCAAUCUCCUCCAGUGUGACGCAGCUGGUCUGCUGUGGAGUGGCAGACUGGACAAAGCAGAGUAAAGGCCCCAUCUCCUUCCCAAGGACAUUCUUCACUUCAUAACUCUGCAGUGAUAGAAGCAUGCUGGUUAAAGCAAACAGUCCUGGACUCCUGCACAUUCUGUUCCCAACAACAAGGCCACAGCCAGGGCAAAGGCCCUUCUGUAAGCUGCAACCUUCCUUCCAAUGGAAAAUAGUAUUUUGGGGGGUGAUGGUUGAGGGCGUACUAUAAAAGCCCCCUUUAUUGUAGCAAACAAAUGAACUACUUUAUGAUUUGAUUCUGAGAGUUGAGUCUUGCUGUUUUGUUUUUUGGCUGCCAGGAUAAACUGGCCUAGGACAGGAUUUGGAAGACAAUACAAUAGCAGAGGAAGUGCUAGUCUUCCAUGGGGGCUGGGCUUUUGGCUUGCAUGUCUCCCACUUCCUUUGGGGACACUUCCCCAAUCUAGCAACACUUCUGGUCAAAGGAUUUCCUGGUGCUUGACCCAAACUUCCCUCUUCAAUUGGAUUCCAUUUCUUCUUGGGUUUCAUGGGCUAACCAUGUCUUUAUGAGCAGUGGUAAUGUGACUUGAGUUUUUAACUCACAAAGUUAACCUUGGGAAAAUUUCAUCUCCAGACAUAAACACAGGUACUGGGCAACAGGGUUUCUCUCCCUGGUGUGGCUGUGCCCUGUCUGGGCUUUUACAGCUCCAACUUCAGAGCAUUUUCAGUGAGGACAAGACUGACACUGCCGAAGGUGACGGCAAGCACAGAUGAUAGGCACCCUGACCUGUCCUCUGCACAAGGCAGCUGACAUCCCUUUAGCAUUUAGUUUGGUACAGAUGAAUUCAGGCCAUCUAUGGUCAAGGUGUUAGGGCCAAGGAGAUGGACAGAAAAUGUGGCCAAUAUAGACUUUGGCUCCUGGCAUUCUACCUGUGUCCUUAGAGUCACCCCACAUCUGGGCUGGCCACAGUGAUGUCCUAAGCUCAGUUAGCACUGAGGAAGUUAGGCCAAGAGCCUUGGCUGGGAGGCUUCUGUGACUGCAACCCUGCCUUGAGGGUACCAGCUGAUGGAACAGAGAUGAACCAUCAGGAUGAAGCCCGGAAUGGACCAUAUGUCUAUGUGCAGAGUGAUGGAUGUUUUGUAGAGGAUCAGUUUGGGAUGUAAGUAUAACAUAUGCUGACUCAAUUUCCCAAUGUAGCUUUACUUUGUAGAGUUUUGGAUUCCUUAGUACAAAAUAAGCAAGGUUUUCAGUGUGACUCAAUAGCCUGAUGGGAAAAAUGAGAACUGCUGGACAAGAGGAAGAUCAGAGACUUGACAGGUUCACUGUGUGGACAGCAAGCUAACAGUCUGCUAAACAGUGAGGUGUGGACAGAGCACCAGUACAGGACCAGGUCACCAAUAGUGGACAGAAGGAAAUGAAAGAGGGAUAGCUCAGUACUCCUUCAGUCUCUUACUACUUUCCUUCACCCAGACAGUCCCAUGGUUUUCUCUGGUAAAAGUAUGCAUUUUUUGUUUUCUUUUGAGGCAAGGUCUCAUGCCACGUAGCUCAGGCUGACCUCAAACUUGAUGAGGACAACCUUAAGUUCCUGACUCUCCCGCCUUACCUCUCAAGUGCUGGAGCUACAGCUGUGAAACGCCAUGCCCAGUUCAAAGGUAUAGAAUUUGGGUUUCAUAAAGGUCGGAAAAAAUCAUUUCUAUGUAAAAUGUUAGGUUCAGCUUCAUCACCUGUGAGUGGACUUUAAACUAUAAAUCAUAUGUAUUUGGGGGAAAUUAACAAUUUAGAGCAUUUACAUCAGCAAAUUCAUGUACUGUCCACAUGAGUAUGUAUCUGCACAUAUAAA